AUGUCUCAAUCCGAUGCCCCAAUUGGUGUAAUUGGGUACGGCGAAGGUGGUUUGAUUGCGCUCUACAGUGCGGCAGUCGAUACGCGGAUUCAGGCGACGGCUGUCAGUGGAUAUUUCCAAUCUCGGCAGGAGGUCUGGCGAGAACCCAUCUAUCGAAAUGUGUGGGGACUGCUACACGAAUUUGGCGAUGCUGAAAUUGCGAGUCUUAUUGCGCCGCGUCCGUUGGUUGUCGAAACAAGCCGAGGACCUGAAGUCGCCGGUCCGCCAUCCGUUCGCGAUGGACGGGGUGGUGCUGCGCCGGGACAGUUGGUAUCACCACCGAUCCAUGCAGUAGAGUCGGAGUUUGAACGGGCUCACGGUUUUUAUCAAAUGCUUGACAGCGGCGAUGCCUUGCGUCUCGUUUCUCCUGUAGAUGGAUUACCGGGUUCUGAGGAAGCGUUAACUGCUUUGCUUACUGGACUCGGUGUUGAAAACGCACGUAUUGACAGCCACUAUCUCCUCUCCUCAAGCACGGUUGACGAUUUUGAUUACGAGGCACGUCAGCAGCGACAGUUUAUGCAGCUGGUGAAUCUAUCCCAACGCUUUUUGAGAGAAGCCGCAUCGCGACGGCAGCAGUUCUUCUGGGAUAAAACUGAUACCUCUUCGCUCACGCGAUGGGAGGAAACGUGUACGGAUGCCAAAGCCUAUUUCUGGGACGAGGUUAUCGGUAGGUGUCCACCACCCGAUGUUCCGCCAACCCAGGACGCGGCUCAUCUACGAUGA